AUGGAUUAUCAAGAAAUUUUAACUGAAAGUGUUUCAGACGAGGAUCAACGUGUUUUUCUCAAAUUUUGUGCUAUUGAAGAGUUUCAAACAUGGAAAAAUCAGAUAGAGAAGGAAACUCAUUCUUUCUACAUUAAAAGAACCAUGUUGAAAGAUAAGAAAAUAUGGUUCACCUGUAAUCGUUCAGGAAAUUUUGUGUCCAAAGCUACUGGCAAAAGACAUAUCAAAAUUCAGGGUUCAAGAAAGACUGGAAAGAACUGUCCAUCUUCAAUCUUUCUUUCCGAACUAAAUGAUGGUCGUUUGUCAGUUCGUUUUGUUAAAACUCAUGUUGGACACAAUCAAGAGCUCAAACACCUUGAUAUCCCAAAAGAAGACAAGAUUCAAAUUGCAAGUCUUCUCAGUGAUGGUAUUCCAAAACAGGUUGUGUUGGAAAAGAUAAGAAAUACUUGGAAUGAAGACGAUUCUCAGCGAGUUCAUCUUACCACCAACAAGGACUUAGUAAACAUUGCAAAUCAGAUGGGACUUGCAUCUAACAUCAAAAGAGACAAAAACGAUUUGGUUAGUGUUGAAUCAUGGAUAGAAGAAAUGCAUUCGUUUGACAUUGAUCCAAUCAUUAUUUAUGAAUGUGACGAUGAAAAUAAAACUUUCAUGCUUGGCAUUUCGACAUUGGCACAAAGAUAUAUGCUUGAGAAGUUUGGUAAGGAUAUAGUUGCGAUUGAUUCGACACAUGGCACCAACAACUAUGACUUCCAACUAACAACUUUGAUGGUUGUUGAUGAGAAUCGAAAUGGCUUCCCAGUCGCUUUUUUCUACUCAUCUCAUGUUGACGCUUCAAGUUGCAUUACUUUCUUUGAGUCCUUGAAAAAAGUAUGCAACGUCCAAAGACCAAACGUUUUUAUGUCGGAUGAUUUUCCUGGUUACUACAAUGCUUGGGUUGAAGUCUUCGAACAGCCUAAUCAUCAUCUUCUUUGUACCUGGCAUGUGUUUAGAAACUGGAAUAAACAUCUGACUGGAAUAAGAGACCUUGCUUUGAGACAGAAAGUCAAAUCUGAUAUCUUUCAUUUGCAAAAAGUUUUAGACAAUGAUGAAUUCAAUCGACUGUUCACAUUUUUCAAAACUGAAUAUGUCAAAAACGAUAAUACUAAACCUUUUGUUGAGUAUAUCAAGGCAUAUUAUGAGAACCGUGUCGAGCAAUGGGCUGCCUGCUAUCGUAAAAAUCUGGGUAUUAAUACGAACAUGUACCUGGAGAACUUGCAUAGGAACUUGAAACACAUAUAUAUGGGUGGAAAAAAGGUCAGGAGGAUGGAUGAAUCGAUUUCCAAUAUUAUGCGAUUGAUAAAAAACAUGCAGUUUGAGAGGAUAAUAAGACAAGAGAAAGGAUACGUACCUAAAAAACUUACCGAACUGCGUGAAAAGCAUAAAAUCGCCAUUGAAUCAAACUUUCAAUUCACAUGUGAUCCAGAUGAUACUAGCAAAUAUACUGUUGUUUCACAAAACGGCUCUGAAUUUAAUUUAUACACUGUUGAGUUCGUAAAUUUACUGAAUCCAUGUUCAUGCAAUCUUGUUUGUGAGGACUGCAAAAUCUGUGCACAUAGCGUAAAUUGUGAUUGUUAUGAUUCAACAAUAAAAAAUAAUCUAUGCAAGCACAGUCAUUUUAUUGCCAUGAAGAGGAAUGUGAACGAGCCCAAAGAAAGUGUUGACAAUGAAGAAAUGCAAAAUUUGAUAGUCGAAGAGGAUCUAAUGAGAAAUCAAAUUGAAGAAGAGAAAAGCAUUUUCUUAUCACAAAAAAUUGAUAAAACGCCAAGCAACUUCAAUAUACAAACCAAGAAGGAGCAGUUUAUGAAUGCAUUUGCAAAUAUUCUUGAUGAAUGCGUCAAUCAAAAGCAACUGGCAGCUGUUGAGAAAUUCUUAACUCCGAUGAUACCAACAUUGAGAGCCAUUGCUCGAGGUGAAAGAGGUGCGAGUUCAUUCGAUGAUGUUAGCACACAUAAGAACUCUCAAGGUUCUGGAAGACGAGCUGAACAUCAAAGAAGAUUUUCGACUAAGAACAAGUCACGACGAACGAGAAAAAAACAAUUAAGACCGGCAACUAUUGAUUUCGACGCUUUUGUUAAUCAAAUGGAGCAAGAAUAA